UUGACAGUUACUGAUGAACAACAAAACUGACAAAGGCGCAUGCAGAUGAACCAGAUGAAUCAUUGUUAUUUUUAUUCUUCCGAACACAAAGUUCAUACUUAAAAAUUCGGAAAGUUUUGUUCGGAACAGUAAAAAAAGUGAUUAUUUUGUUGUAUGCUCCGCUAAAAGUGAGGAAAUUAUUAGUAAAUCAGUAAGCUCUAUCUUAGCUCAACCGGGACCAGGUAAAUAGUCAAGAUGCAAACGGAUAUUUUGGCCACAUUUAAAAUCCUCAUUAUUGGAGAGAGUGCUGUUGGGAAAUCGAGCCUGAUGCUUCGUUUCACCGAAGAUGACUUCGGCAAGGACCAUACACUGACUAUUGGUGUGGUUUGCAAAACGAAGACAAUAGAAAUCGAUAACAUCAAGAUCAAACUGGCUAUCUGGGACACAGCUGGACAAGAACGGUUUCGUGCCCUAUCUCCGAGUUACUAUCGGGAUGCACAAGGAGCGAUUCUCGUAUACGAUGUCACAAAGAAAGACUCAUUCCAAAAGCUAGAGUCCUGGUUGAACGAGCUGGAAAUCUAUGGCACUCGUAAUAAUAUGGCAAAGAUGGUUGUGGGAAACAAGACCGACUGUACGCAACGGGCAAUCAGCAGGGAAGAAGGAUUCCAAUUCGCCAAAAAGCACCGAACGAUGUUUAUCGAAACGUCUGCUAUGAGCAACGAAGGGGUGCGGGAAGUCUUCGAAGAGGUUGUUCGGAAGAUUUGGGACACUGAUGGACUAUGGGAACGCAACGAUAAUGGGGACACCCUGACCCUACAAAAUGGAGGGCAAGAAAACAAAAAAUGCUGUUAGUUGUUUUAAUACCCCUUUUAAUAUUCUAGCUACUAAGCCAUACUAAAUGUAAGGGAAAUAGAAGAUAGGUAGUAAGCUUUAUGUUGUCUCCUGAGCCGAUGUCCGCGAGUUCGAGCCCAAGAGCAAACAUCGAACACAGUUGUACCGGAUAAGUUUUUCAAUAACGAUCCGCCAACUGCACCGUUGAUAAAGUCGCGAAUGCCAUAAAUAUGGUAAAACGACUAUAAUCGAAACAAAAAAAAAAAAAAAGUAAGCUUUAUUUAAUCACAAUCGUCAUAGCUUAAUCGAAUCACGGGAUGGUUAGGACCGAGAGAUAUUUUUUAUAACAAAAAAUAGAUAAAAUUAAAAAAAAAAUACUACAUACAAAAAAAAUAUUUGUGUUGUAACGAUCAGUAACAUUCGGUUUGAGUUUCUGUUUUUAAAAUACAUAGCUUAUCAGACAUCGAUAAAGGUAACCGAUGCCCUAAUAGUGGAGCGAUCAGUUUGGUUAAGUGUCAUAAAUAAAUUCGAAACCGAAAGUAUCCCAAAUAAAACUAAAAAAACUA